CGCGGUUGUUUUCAAGCGAACGAAGUAGGAUUGCUGCUCAAGGAAUUUCUAUUCGAUUUUAGUCAUUCGUUUAUCCUCAUUACAAGUCAUUGAUGGAAAAUGUUGAUCAUUGAGGAUAUUCAGGCCAAGAAACCAAUCCUGAAGACAAGACUGAACCUUUUGUGACAUCACACUCUUGUCGCUUAUCCCCGCAUCAUUUCUCCAUCGCCAUGGUUACUGAGAAAGUAUCUCCACACCCUUCCCUCCAGAGGGAUCCAAGCAAGGUUCCUGUGGUACUUCCCUGUGACCUAGAGACAUGGCCCUUGGUCCAGGGAGCCCUGACCAGACUGAAGAGGGUGUCCAAUGUGUCAGAAGCCAUACCUAUCAUGGAUCACAUCUACGCUCUUAUCCAUGGUGGUGCUAAGUCGGCAGAUACUCGCAGGACCAGGGCAGCGACAGUCCUGGCUGGAUUGGUCAAUUUCCUGGAGGUCAUCGCAACGCGGGAGGAGCGGAUACUGUUCUUUGACCAAACCUUACCCAUGAUAGUAGAUCUCGCUUUGGCUCUUGGAGAACUGAAGCCGAAGGAGGGCUUUUUCUACAGUGUUCAACAAAUAGGAGGUGAAACUAGACUACCUAGACGGUUUGUUGCAAGCCUGAUCUCCCAUCUCUUCCUGAGCACGCUACCCAAGCCAUCGAGCCUCUCACUCAACCUAACUCACUUUGCACUCUUCUUUAGCGAUGUAAACAUUUCGAAUGAAGAAGAUUCCCAGACAGCGAAGCUGCGGUGUAUUUUGAACUACUUCAAUCGUUUAGCGACCGACUUCUCAGCCAGUGGGCCGCCUGGGAGCAUUACGUUCACGAGAAAGGUAUUAGCAAGGGAUGAGAUGCCGAUGCUUGAGACUUGGAAGGAUAGCAGACUCCAACUGUGCCCUCUUGUGGUCCGACCCGAUGGAUCGAUUGAGGAGGCUGGAAGCAGCUCACUUCAGGUUGACUUUGCCAAUGAGUACAUCGGAGGUGGAGUCCUGGAGUCUGGGUGUGUCCAGGAAGAGAUCCGUUUCUCCAUCUGCCCGGAACUCUUGGUGAGCCUGGUCUUCAUGGAGAGCAUGGAAGAAAACGAAGCCAUCUCUAUCAGUGGGUUCGAGCAGUUUUCGUCCUACUCUGGCUAUGGCUGGGGACUCAGAUAUGCAGGAGACUUCAGAGACAGUGCUCAGAUCACCAGCAGCGGCGACAUCAAGACAUCUCUCGUAGCCAUCGACGCUUCCUGCAACCCUGGUGAUGACCAGUACAAGGAUGCACUUCUCUUAAGAGAUCUCAACAAGGCUUACGUAGGCUUCCUCCAGAAUGAACUCUCUAUGAUCGGCCAGAUGGGCGGCGAGCUCAAUAGUGAGAGCAUCUAUCUCGAUGCCAUGGACCAGUCGCAGAUGUCGACGGAAGGUGACUUUGAGACAGCUUCUGAAGGUCUUGAUAGCCAUCCUAGAUCUAUUACACCAUGCAUCUCAACCAUAUCCGACUACAGCAACUCUCUGAGCCGAGCUAUCACUGACAUAGCAGUCAAGGACUACUGCCAGGGAAAGCGAGACCAGGCAACCCAAAGUGAGCCCUCUAUUGACUUGGAAAUUACAGGAAAGGGUGAUGGUCAUGAUGGCCUGAACAACUUUGCAUCCUCGAUAGCUGGUAAUGUGAUAAGGGAGGGGUACGUGCAUGCUUCUAGGAGAUCAGCAUCGGAGAGAGCCGAGGGCGACCAUGGACAGGCUGUUGAAGGUAUUGCUGAAGACAUCUCCAAUACCCUGAUAACUAAUGCUAUUAACUCCCACUUAGGUGAUGGCCAGUCUCAUGACCGCAUCAUAUGGAAGAAUGGUCAUGGAGGCCCUCUUGGGGAUGGAGAUGGUAUCACCCAGAAUCUUGGUGCAAUCAUUGACGACAUCGUAGGUGUGGUCAUCAAGGAAGCUUUGGCAGAAAUCGCUGGGAUGUGCGUAUCAGAAACCAGCAGCACCAGAGGCCCAAGCUUGGAAGGCUACAGUGUGAUAUCCACGUGGUCGUCGUCCAAGUCAGACAGCUUUGUCCGGAUCGAUAUGGAUAGCGACUUCAGCGCCAGUGGCACUCGAAGUGUAGGCAGUCUGUCAAGUGUAGGGUCUGAGAGGGUUGGCAUGACUGUGGAGACGUAUGUGUCUAAUGUUGUAGCUGGGGCGAUGCAAAAGAUGAAAGAUGGCGAUGUGAGUGAGGAACAACAAAGAACUCAAAAUGCAGAACCGAGUGACUCUGGGUAUGACAUUAAUGCCACAGCAGAAAGAAUUGUUGGUGGAGUGAUGGAGGACGUUAAGAAAAAGUUGCAAAGGGAUGAUGAGAAUGGGUUGAGAAAUUCCUACUUCAAACCUGUGGUGUCAGCAGGACUUGAUGCAUUUGCUACAAGUAUUACCGAUUCUGCUUUCAAGGAUGCUCUGAAAGAGAUGACUGCAUCGGUUCCUGAUCAAAGGUUUCAGUACUCACAGUAUUCAACCAUUCCAUCAACUCCACCUCCAUCUCCUUCCAAUGCAUCCACAGGGAGCUCAAAGCGAUUCAGUUUAGAGGAUCCUACGCAAUUAGAGGAAUUUGCAGAAAAGCUCCUUAGUUCAAUAACCCCAGAAUCGGCCUCCACACGACAGCAGGGCACCAGGGCAAGUGAUGGAUACUCAAGGUUCCAGGAAAUUGAGAGCUUUGCCAACAGCCUGGUGUCCAAGGCAGUUACUGAUUCGACCCAGAUAGUCAGUUCAUGUGGACAGUUCAGAAGAGAGAGUAGUUCAGGCUGCAUCAGUUCAAGAAGUUCCUUGACAGUUCCUUCUGGCAGUUCCAAGAGGUCAAGUAUGGACAGCUUUACAGAGGAUCUCCUUCGCAUCGGUAACAUUGACCCAACUGGGAGGAGACCAAGCAAGACCGAAGAGAACAUAGCUUUUUUCUCUCAAGAGCUCUCUCGUGUGGCAGAGGUGGAAGAAAAGUUGGGUCAGAGAAGAAAGUCAGACUUGGAAGAUUUCCAGCAAGAACUGUGCCAAACUUCUAUAUCAAGUAGUGCUAGUCAAAAGAAUGAAGUCACCCAGUCCAAAAUCCAUGCUGCAAGCCGACUUGCCAACAGACUUUCAGAUGACAUCAUCUGCGAUGCCUUUCUGCAGCUGUAUGGUGCAACUCCCUUCCGGGAACUCAUACGCCUUGACUCUCUGUCAGACCUUGAUUCUGGUGGAGGAAAUAGGCGAAGGAGCUAUCCCCGUCGUGGCUUCAGAACAUCAUCGGUAUCCUCUACUUCUAUGUCUGUCAGGAGUACCAUUUCUGAAAUGGACCUUGUCACCCUGGCCACCAACCUAGCGAACUCUAUCAUUGAGUCAGCACUGCAGACAUACAGAGACGAGUACUUGACAGCACAGAGACUGGCAGCUGAGAGCACCACCGAGGAAGUGGACAGUCAGAUCCAGGACACAAUGGAUGAAGUUUCCAUCCUGGCCACCUACGACGGGUCCAACCUCGACCGGCAGGAGACGGCGUGCACAAGUCUUGCAGGAGAGCUGCCACCCGUCCUCUCAAUCCAGGAAACGGCUGGAUGCAUCGUAGAGAAGGCUGUCCAAGAUGCGGUGUUGUUGUACCAGGCCUCCUUGUCAAGCACCACAGGGGUUUCUCGGCACCCUGUUGGCACGCAUGCUCGGAAGCCUAUAGCUACUGGCAACUGGGGUUGUGGAGCCUUUGGCGGGGAUCCCCAGCUGAAAUCUCUUCUUCAGUGGGUGGCUGCGUCACAGUGUAGGGCGCCCUCGUUGUUCUACUACAGCUUCAAUGACAAGAGAGUCCAGCAGCUUGAGCAAGUCACAUUGAAGAUACAAACCAAACGUUGGAGCGUCGGCGACCUGAUGCGUAUUGUUCUUGAAUACUGCCAUCGUGUGACGUCGUCUGGAGAAGAAUCCGGGAAGCCUGGCCUGUUCGACUACAUCUUGGGUUUGCAAUGUUAAGAUUAUUCUUUUGAAAUCAAGAUAUACAUGUAAUAUUGUAAUGUUCUUCUUCCUCUUUCGUGUGUUAUAAUAUAAGGCAAUGAGUAUCCUGAUACCUAGCAAUCACUACUUUUUCAUAUUUUUUGUGUCGUGGUCCAAUAUUGCAACUUUAUAUCGUGCUAUGGAAUGCAUGUUAAUGUAAAUAUAUGUAUUCAAUGUGUAUGGGUAAUGAUGUUUCAUCAAUACGCAAAACUCUGUGAUAAUUCUGCGCAAUGAUGUGUGUUUUAUACCGUGAAUGGAUUAUGGUUUUCGUUCUUCAAGCUCUUUUUCACCCUUGUGGUCUUCUCUUUUAAUUUACAGUUAUGUGACUGUAAAUCGAAAAGGAAGUAGAGUUAUUUUUUUUUACGCUUUAAAAAGAUGUAUAGCAUUUUGCUGUUAGAGUAAGGUAUAACCGACUGGAAUCAUGUUAUGCCUCGCAAGUGGGUUUAGAAAAAUGUUGCAGUUAAGUGUUUCAUAAUUUUUGUAAGAUAUGAAUGAAUUUACGUGCGACUGGUGAUCCUUUCUUGUGCUAUGUGAU